CAAGACUUCGCUCUUAGAGGGCAGGUAGUGUUAUAGGAUAUAAAAAGAACUCCAAGUGCAUAUUGUCGCUUUAGUUCCCUCGAAAAUCUUCCAGAAUGUUAGUCAGUGUCGUGGAUAUUCUCGUUUCUUAUUUGGUGAUGGUUGCACAUUUGACCAACGGUGUAUUGACAACAGAAGCGCCUAGGAAUAUCCAACUAGUAACGAAUUUACAACCACCGGUCCUUAGUUACCUUCCAACUACGGCCACGGUGUUUCCAAAACUUUCUCGACACGGUGUUUUCACCGGCCAAGCUUUGGACAAUGGGCUAGAGGAUGGAGACCCGAGUAGAAGCUUAAAGGCCGAAAGGCAAAUACAAGCCGGGUAUUCGUACCUGAAACCGUUAUUGAUCGAUCAGUUACCAUUGAAAGAUCAGACGAUUAAAUCAAUCGGCGAUAAGCAAAGGUGGAGCGAAAGCCAAACUUCUGGAGCAACGGCGUUGAGGUUAGGUGAAUCAUGGCGGUCGGGAAACGAGACAAGGCUGUGGCACGAGGUCGGGUAUCGCGCUCACGUACCACGCCGAUCGGCAGGAUACAGUGUCGUGGAAGAGGUCGGUGAAUACGUAGCGGACGAUUCGGAUGGAUUGGGGCAUCGUGGGAAGGCGACGAGUCCCCAUCGUAAUUCGCAGGACAUAACGGCGGCCAUCAAAGCCCUCGAUCGCUUCCUGACCGGGGUUCUGAACGAUGAUAGUUACAACAGCGUGCUACAUCCACCGCCCAAUCCUGUUCUGGCCCUCGUCCUGUCUCGAUACGGCCGAUACGUGCCCGGAUCACGAAACUCUCGCGUGUACGCUCACAUGGCCGUAAACAAUAUACACAACAACAAGCCUUUCGGUAGUUAUAAGCUGGAGUGCGAUGAAUUGCCCGUUACGAGAUAACGAUUAAAGUAUUGAAUAGCCAAUUGAAUGGAUCGUUGUUUCGUAGAGCGAUUAUAAUUGGGCAGAGAAAAAUAAAUUUCGUUAUUUGUGCGUUAAAAAACAGUAUGAUAAUGAUACUUAAAUAUGAUAUUGUUUAUUUAUUGUAUAUAUAUUAGAAAUAAUGCUGAGAAGCGUAUCGGUAUAUUAGUGUUUACUUAAUACAAAUAAGACAAAAUGCUUUAUACUUUUUUUAACGAACCAACAACUCUAUACGAUUUUCCGCGUUCAUUCGGUGAAUUUCUUAGCUAACCUAAAAUGAUUUCAAUGUAUAAAAUUUUUAUAUUUUAAUAUUUUAUGUAUCUUUAUCACGUAAAGAGAAAAAAUUUAUCGAAUAUUAAACUCUAUAUUUUUGUUU